UUUACUAGGUUUGAUGGGCAUUUCAUUCUAUCUUGGCUACUAGAACAAGGCACUGCUCCAACUGUCAUUCCUAACGGAUCCAAGCUAAUGGCAAUAACUCACUCGAACUAAAACAUCCCCAUCAUAGACUCUUUUAACUUCCUUCCUAUGGCUCUAGCGAAGUUGCCUGAAUGUUUCGGGCUUGAGGAGUUGAAAAAGGGCUAUUUCCCCCAUACUUUUAACACUCGAGAAAACCAGAGCUAUGUGGGUUCACUUCCAGAAUUAAGGUAUUUUUGCCCUGAUUCGAUGUCGCCGGCAGCGAGAGAUAGUUUUUUGAAAUGGUAUAAAGAACAUGAAAUGGACAAGUUUGAUUUUCAAGAAGAGAUGUUAGCAUAUUGCAGGUCUGACGUAGAUAUUCUUCGAAGGUGCUGCAACAUGUUUAGAGAAGAAUUUUUAAAAAUCGCACAAGUGGAUCCAUUUUGCUAUGUAACCAUAGCAUCGUGUUGUAUGGCUGCUUAUCGAAACAACCAUAUUCGUCCAAACACGAUAGCAAUGGUGCCAGUCAAUGGAUACAUCAAUAGCACCAACUUUAGUGCGGAUAGCAUACGAUGGUUGGAUUUCGUGUCCGAAACCACAGGACAGCAAAUACAGCACGCGUUGAAUGCUAAAGGAGAAAAACAAAUAGCCGGAAUAUCUGUAGAUGGUUUUUGCGAAGCAACGAAAACUGUGUAUCAAUAUCAUUACUUCGGGAUAGUUAAAUGCAGGGUUGUUGCACCCCUUGAGUUAUACCUUCCAGUACUACCGUUUCGGACACAAGGGAAGUUGAUGUUCCCGUUAUGUAAGACAUGUGCUGAAACGUUGCAGCAAUCGCCGUGCACUCAUACUGAGGACGAAAGAGCCUUGGUUGGCACAUGGGUCACUGAAGAGGUGAAACUGGCAGUCAGGAAGGGCUACCGAGUGACACAUAUCUACGAGGUGUACGAUUUCAAAAAGAAGUCAGAUUCUCUUUUUAGGUCUUACAUUGACCUCUUUUUGAAAAUAAAACAAGAGAGCAGCGGUUGGCCCGCGGAAUGUGUAACCGAUCUGGACAAAGCAGAAUACAUUUCACAGUACAGGCAAAGGGAAGGAAUAUCAUUAGAUGCAGCCAGUAUUGAGAAAAACCCUGGUCGUCGACAAGUUGCCAAAUUGGCACUUAACAGUUUCUGGGGACGGUAA